GGAGUCACGGAUCCUUCACGGAGCGGCGAGCUGGCGGCUAAGAGAACUGGGCAUGCUCCGUGCUGGCUGCGGCGUAGGUUUUAGUCACAAGUAGGAAGAAGUCAGAGCGCUGUACCGGCAAAGAGAAGCCGGAGCCGGCAACGCGACUGUAAGGUCCGCUGUCGCCGCCUCUGAACCGGAGCAGGAGCGGGCGAGGGGACCCUGAGCCGCUCCGCCUGUCCUCUGCUGCUGUGUCCGUGCGGUGCGUGGGAUCUCCCCCACUUCCCGCGGCGAGUACCCCGCUGCUGCAGCGGGAGCAGAACUGACCCUCGCUCCCUUCCUCCCUUCCUCCUCCGGCCACCGCCCGAGGGCGCCCCCCGGGGGCAGAGCAGCCGCCCGCCGCCUUUUGCAAGCAGCUGAGUGUGGAGCUCGCGCUCCGCGCCCGGAGCGAGCCGCCGCCGUCACCCCAGUAGGAGGAGGAGGGGGAAGAGGAGGGGGCGGCCAUGGGGCUGCUGUCCCAGGGCUCCCCGAUGAGCUGGGAGGAGACCCAGCGCCACGCUGACCACGUGCGGCGACACGGGAUCCUCCAGUUCCUGCACAUCUACCACGCCGUCAAGGACCGGCACAAGGACGUGCUCAAGUGGGGUGACGAGGUGGAGUACAUGUUGGUGUCUUUUGAUCAUGAACAUAAAAAAGUCCGGUUGGUCCUAUCUGGAGAGGAAGUUCUUGAAACUCUACAAGAAAAAGGAGAACGGUCAAACCCAAAUCACCCUACCCUUUGGAGACCAGAGUACGGGAGUUACAUGAUUGAAGGGACACCUGGGCAACCAUAUGGAGGGACAAUGUCUGAGUUCAACACAGUUGAAGACAACAUGAGAAAACGUCGAAAGGAAGCAACAGCUUUACUGGAAGAAAAUCAAGCUCUUUGCACAAUAACUUCAUUUCCCAGAUUAGGCUGUCCUGGGUUCACAGAGCCUGAGUGCAAACCCAAUCCAGUUGAAGCUGGAGCUUCCAAGUCCCUCUUCUUUCCUGAUGAAGCAAUAAACAAGCACCCUCGUUUCAGUACUCUCACAAGAAAUAUCCGACACAGGAGAGGAGAAAAGGUUGUCAUCAAUGUACCAAUAUUUAAGGACAAGAACACACCAUCUCCAUUUAUAGAAACAUUUCCUGAGGAUGAUGAAGCGGCAAAGGCUUCUAAGCCUGACCAUAUUUACAUGGAUGCCAUGGGAUUUGGAAUGGGCAAUUGUUGUCUUCAGGUAACAUUCCAAGCCUGCAGCAUAUCUGAAGCCAGAUAUCUUUAUGAUCAGUUGGCCACUAUCUGCCCAAUUGUUAUGGCUUUGAGUGCUGCAUCUCCUUUUUACCGAGGCUAUGUGUCAGACAUUGAUUGUCGCUGGGGAGUGAUUUCUGCAUCUGUAGAUGAUAGAACUCGGGAAGAGAGAGGACUGGAGCCACUGAAGAACAAUCAUUAUAGGAUUAGUAAAUCUCGGUAUGAUUCAAUAGACAGUUAUUUAUCUCAGUGUGGUGAAAAAUAUAAUGACAUUAACCUCACAAUUGACAAAGAAAUCUAUGAACAACUGUUGCAAGAAGGACUUGAUCAUCUCCUGUCCCAGCAUGUUGCUCAUCUUUUUAUUAGAGACCCAUUGACUCUUUUUGAAGAGAAAAUACACCUGGAUGAUGCCAAUGAAUCUGAUCAUUUUGAGAAUAUUCAGUCGACAAAUUGGCAGACAAUGAGAUUUAAGCCCCCUCCUCCAAACUCAGAUAUUGGAUGGAGAGUAGAAUUUCGACCUAUGGAGGUUCAGCUAACUGACUUUGAAAAUUCUGCAUAUGUGGUUUUUGUGGUGUUACUUACCAGAGUAAUACUGUCAUACAAAUUGGAUUUUCUCAUUCCACUCUCAAAGGUCGAUGAAAACAUGAAAGUAGCACAGAAACGAGAUGCUGUCUUGCAGGGAAUGUUUUAUUUCCGAAAGGAUAUUUGCAAAGGUAGCAACGCCGUGGUGGACGGUUGUGGCAAGGCCCAGAACAGCACAGAGCUGGCUGUAGACGAUUAUACCCUGAUGAGCAUUGAUACCAUCAUCAAUGGGAAGGAAGGGGUGUUUCCUGGAUUGAUUCCGAUUCUCAACUCUUACCUUGAAAAUAUGGAAGUAGAUGUGGACACCAGGUGUAGUAUUCUGAACUACCUAAAACUGAUUAAGAAGAGAGCAUCUGGAGAACUAAUGACCGUUGCCAAGUGGAUGAGGGAGUUCAUAGCAAACCAUCCUGACUAUAAGCAAGACAGUGUGGUAACUGAUGAAAUGAACUAUAGUCUUAUUUUGAAGUGCAACCAAAUUGCAAAUGAGUUAUGUGAAUGCCCGGAGCUACUUGGACCAGCAUUUAGGAAAGCAAAAUAUAGUGGAAGUAAAACUGACUCUUCCAACUAAAUAUUCUGUAGAAGGGGAAAAAACGCACUGCUGUUUGUUGAAGAACUGACUGCAGAACUCUCAGCUCAUAAAUUAUCUGAAGGACAAACUGCACUAUUUGUUGGGCCAGUCGACAAGAAAUGAACUUAGAGGGAGGGUUUCUUCAGUAAAGUUAGAGUUUAUACAGUAUACAUGUACAAAGUAAAGUAUUUUUAUGAUUAACAAUGUAUUUUAAUAACAGUAUAUCUAAGUCAUUGUGAACUGGCUUGUACAUUUUCAAUUCUUACUCUGGAGCAGCUACUGUCUAAGCAAUUUUGUAAAUGCAAUGUACUGGUAAUUGCACUAUAUUUGCAUUCCAGAGUUUAAAAUGUUUACUGUAAAAAUAUUUUUUCUAGUGGGACCUGAUUCACUGAAAUUUGUCACUUUUUUAAUAACAGGUUGUCUUGUUAAUUUUUUAUAACUCACCUCCUCUGUUAUACGCAUAAAAUCACUAUCAAAUCCAUUGAAGUUUGCUUGAAGGAUAAUCUUGGAUUUCUGGCACCUUACUGAUUUUUUGUUUGUUUUAUUUUGUUUUGUUUUGUUUUUGGUAAUGAGAAUAACAAGCCAUUUGGUUACCCUGUCCUAAGCUUUCAUUAUUAAGUAAAACCUACUAAACU